CUUUGGACUUAGCUGCAGCUAGUGUGGGAGCCUGGGAAGACUGAAAGCAAAGUCUCUUACUUCUGUUUAAGAGAGCAGCUUCACACGUUGUAAUAUCUGCCAGCUUUCCCCAGAGUAGGUCAUUCGGGUCCAGCCAUGUGGCUGCUUGUGUUGCUGGGUGCCUUGCUCUGGGCAGUGCUGUGGUUUCUGAGGGACCGGCAGAGCCUGCCUGCCAGCGAUGCCUUCAUCUUCAUCACCGGCUGCGACUCAGGCUUCGGGCGCCUUCUGGCACUGCGACUGGACCAGAGGGGCUUCCGAGUCUUGGCCAGCUGCCUGACCCCUUCUGGUGCAGAGACCCUACAACAGAUGGCCUCCUCCCGCCUCCAUACCACCCUGCUGGAUGUCACUGAUCCCCAAAGUGUCCAGCGUGUAGCAAAAUGGGUGGAGACACAUGUUAGGGAAGCAGGGCUUUUUGGUCUGGUGAAUAAUGCUGGUGUGGCUGGUAUCAUCGGACCCACACCAUGGCUGACACGGGAUGAUUUCCAUCGGGUGCUGGAUGUGAACACGAUGGGUCCCAUCGGGGUCACCCUUGCCCUACUGCCCCUGCUACAAAAGGCCCGAGGCCGGGUGAUCAACAUCACCAGCGUCCUAGGUCGCCUGGCAGCCAAUGGCGGGGGCUACUGUGUCUCCAAGUUUGGCCUGGAGGCCUUCUCUGACAGCCUGAGGGCAAGAACCCAGAAACCUCUCUACCCACACUCCAGGCGGGAUGUGGCUUCUUUUGGGGUACGCGUCUCCAUCGUGGAGCCUGGCUUCUUCCGAACCCCUGUGACCAACCUGGAGAGUUUGGAGAACACCCUGCAGGCCUGCUGGGCAAGACUACCUCCAGCCAUGCAGGCCCACUAUGGGGAGGCCUUCCUCACCACGUACCUGAAAGUGCAGCGACGCAUCAUGAACCUGAUCUGUGACCCGGACCUAACCAAAGUGAGCAAAUGUGUGGAACAUGCCCUGACUGCUCGUCACCCCCGAACCCGCUAUAGCCCAGGCUGGGACGCCAAGCUGCUCUGGCUGCCUGCUUCUUACCUGCCAGCGAGCCUGGUGGAUGCUGUGCUCGCCUGGGUCCUUCCCAAGCCUUCCCAGUCAGUCUACUGAAUCCACCCUACCAACAACAGACUGUUUUUCAAGGGCAAGGACUUUUAUUUCUGUCCCCACCCUGGUACUUCCUGACACAAAAUAGACACUGAAUGUGUAUUGUUAAAAAAUAAAAACAGUAGGCAGGCAAA